GUUGCCACUUCUGAUUGGUUAAACGUUUUUAGAAGUGGUUCUGCGUAGAGCAUGGAGGGGGUCAAAGUCUUGGGUCUGAGUGAAAGGUUUACUGUACUACUUUGAUUGAUGACCGCAACUAAAGAUGUCUCAACGCAGUGUGCGGCAGGAUAGGAUGAGACAGUCAAAGGACUUAGACUCCAAUGUCAUCCGGGAGUUGUCACCAGGUUCCAUGGAAGAGAUUGAGAUUCUCGAGGCUUUCUACAAAACAUUCUUAGAUAUUGAAAAGCAGAGGCCAAUCCAUGACAUUUCGAUUUCAGCAGUGAAAAAUCCUGAGCUUGAGCGACAAUUCAUUAAGAAGAGAAAUGAAAUGUAUUUAAAGGGGUGCACUGAUGAUGAGUUAAAAGAACAAUUUGUCUUCAACCUAACCAAAGUACAUGUUGCAAAACAGAUAGCAAGAUAUGGUCUAUUUUGUAAGAGGAAGGCAAGGAAUUCAAUUGGAGAUGGUGCGUAUGGUGUCAUCCUGUCGAUGCACGCUGACGUUGCUUUGGAGUGGGGGGCUUGUUAUGGCUAUAAGCCACCUCUUGCUGUCGUCGUUUACAAGGUUAUACAUGGUCGUGUGAGGACUGUGCAGGAACAGGUCAACCCAAAUGCUAGGCCGCUUCCUCCCACCUCGGAUUACACCAGUCAUAUGGCGAAGAUAAAACCUACACCAAGUAUGGUUUUGACGAACAGAGUCGACAGAUCAUAUGUUUAUAUUUAUGAUUAUGAUACCUUCAACAAUUUAAAGGUGAGACCUCGACAGGUUCUGCCGUAUGCUAUCAUCAACAUCAAAACCGACCUGUUGAAAUUCUUUGGGCUUCAAGUUCAGUCCUCAAUUCCAAAAGUCUUAGUGUCUAGGAGUGAUAGCCAGAGAGAUUGGUCCCCUAAUCAACGCAUCAAUAAUAGGGACAGGUCACCAAUACCAAGACCCGGAAAAGAUCAGAGAGACUGGUCACCAGGCCCACGAACAGUAACUGUAGAACCCCGACUGGAUAGAAGAGUGGUUGAUUUGUCGGCCUGGCAGAAGGGGUCAGCACAAGAGAACAGAGGGCACCGCUCCCAGUCCAGAUCAUCGAGUUCAAGAUGGGGUGAAGAUCGUUCAAAAACAUCGCUUGAAAGAAUUUCAUCCAGUAGAUGCAGAGACGGAUCUUCCAGUAGGUCAAGGGACCACUCACCAACUCAGCAUGGAAGGGGCGGGUCUGAGGAGUCUGUCAGAAGGAAGAAAAAUUAUGAGAGCGGGGAAUGUACAGAUACUGAUGGUGUACCAGAACAAGAUGACGUCAUGCAAAGAAUUGUAAAAGAUGAUGGCAAAAUUAUUCUCAAGGUGGCUUGUAGUCAUGAUGCAAGUACAAGUAGGCUGGAGAGAAGAGAGCAAAGCAGAUCUCGACCGAGGCAUAGAUCAAGGGAUAGAUCUAAACAUCAUUCUAACACAAGGAAAAGAAGCUAUUCAAGGCAUUCGCGAAGGUCAAGGUCAAAGGAGAAGAAUAGGGAAAAAAGUUGGACAAGGUCACGUGACAAAAUAGCUGCAGAAGAUAUCGAUCAAAAUAAUAAUCAGUUUAGGUUUGAAGAGGAAGAAAUCCUAAAUAGGGAAUUGUGUGACAUUGAUGUUGAACGUAGUGUUUCCACAACACCAACUGCAGGUUUGGAAUUUGAAGGUUCGAGUAGCAGAAAUAACUCGGGGAGGAAAUUGGCCUCAGGUAGUGCGCAUAAGGCAGGAGAUUUCCGCGAUUUGAGAGAAAUGUUGUCUGGCCCACCCCAAGGCGUACCAGACCUCCGGGAGAAAUUGACAAUUUCUGACUUGAGACACAGGUUAUCAUCCGUCCCUGUGCCUGAUUUGCGAGACAAGAUAUGUACUGCACCUCUGCCUGAUUUGAGGGAGACAUUAGUUGGGAACACCCUCCCAGAUUUGAGAGAGUCGUUGGCUAUCAAAAGGAAAUUCCAGCCAGGGGAUAGGAGGUUUGUUGGUACAUGUGUCUCACCUCGAGAGGUACAGGACCCUAGGGACCCUGUGAUGUAUGAAGACAUCGAGACAUUCACGGCUGCAGUGCAGCAAAAGGAAGAACCACAAAUCUGGAAACAAAAGAUCCAAACGGAACUAAAAUUGGAAGGUGAUGUCAAGAAGGAAUCACAAAUAGAUUACUCCUUCCACGAUAAGAGUGUUACUUCCCAGUAUGAUAGUGAAGUUGCACUUUCUGAUCUGCCUGAAAUUUCUGAUGUGGAGGUGAAAUUUGAGGAUGAAGGGCUAACAACUGUUAAUGACACUGAUGAUGAGUCUGUGGAUGACACUGAUGAUGGGUUUAGAACUGUGGAUGAUACUGAUGCAAGUGAUAAAUUGGUCAUCAAUGAAUCACCAUUUCAGAGUUCCACCGAGAGGACAUCCGAAUGGAACACAGCAAGGGUGGCCGAAUCACCACUACCAAUUAUACAUAUGAACAAUGGAGCACUGACGCCAUCUAAAAAAGGUGUGAUAGUUUGUUCUCCAUGUCCAAUUACUGAACAGAAAGUUUUUGCUCCGUCCGAGGAAAAUUGGGCAAGCAAUUCUCCUCUGCCACAGAAAUUAGAGGACACCUUCUCUACACCGAAGAGGUUCAUGGUUACCGAUUUUAUGUCGCCUCGGAGUCCAGGAACACCAGAUACAUGUAUACCUGAGUUCAGGUCACUUUCAUCUCGGUUUGGUUCCUUGAAGUCGUGCAGCAAGGAUAGCGGUUCUGAUCAGGAAAAGAUUACAAAAGCGAGCCUGCUGGAUUCCCCUUCGGCAAUGAACCUUGACAGCAGUUUUUCUGUUGUUGAGAAUCUCCGGAAAAUACGUGUCUCUGUUGAGGAGAGUCUAAGUAGGUCCCAUCCACCAUUAGUUGGACUUGAUAGGGUGGAUGGAGAGAUUAAAUUGGCUACAGUUCAGCCUAUGGAAACUUCCUCCGAGACUCAGAUUGGUAAAAUCAGGAAACGAAAAUUAGAUGAGAAAAUCAGCGUAGUUUAUAAUUCGAAUGACACUUUAGACAAGGGUGUUGAUGCUCCUAAAAUCAGAAAAUUAGAUGUUGGAGUCUCAGGUUGUCGUGUGGAGGACAAUCCUGGUGUUGAUGGGAAACUGAGAAUUGAGAAAAUCAGUGUGGACUGCAAUGGUAAUGAUAUUUCAGGUGUAAACUCCUCUGAAGUGAAACCGUUCGACGUGGAAGGUUUAACUACUGUUAUGAAUGACAAUCCAGAAUGUUCCAGUUCAAGUUCAAGUAGUGCUACAAGCGAUCCUUCUAGCGUGACAACAGAAUUCAUAAUUGAAGCGCUCCUCGAACAAAAGAAACUUGCAGAGACAGACCAGGACAGGGAAGCUGUUGAAAAUGCAGUAAAUAUCCUCAUGCAGAACUUGAAUGCGGUGGAGCAUGCUAUAAAAGCUGAGCUAGUCAGCAAAAUGGGUGGAGGUGCACUUGGAAUGGAAGAGCAAAAUUGGACCAUCUCUAAAGCAAGGCCAGAGAGUCUGCUCAGGAAUGAUGCCUUCACCUCGGUCACAUCUCUUGAAAGAGAUAAUACUGGGAGUGAUUUAUCUCAACUUGGUGAGGACUUUGAUGUUAACCUUGACGAAUUUGAGGAGUUGGAUGAUACUUUUUGUCAGGAUGACUCGCCGUCACCUACAGCAAACCAUGAUGAAGAAUCGGUUUGUGAAAUUGGGCGCUUGCAUGUCUCUCCCUCUGGCUCAUCAUUGGUAACAUCGGCUGCCAAUGUGUUGGUUGAACUGAGCAAUGAUUCAGCUCCCUCUGUUGACAUCAUUCCCACUAUUGGUGUAGAAAUACAAAAACAUGUGGACUUCAUUUGUGAAAGUAAAUCUCCCGAGAACUCGCAGAGAGUUUCUCAAACUGACUAUUGGGAUUUAGAAAAGACAAAGAGAUUCUCUUCUGUUGAAACUCUGUCUGUUCCUGCUUCCAUUUGUGAAGAUGAAAAAGAAAACUGCUGGGAUAAGACUAAUAUGAAUCUUGAGGACAUGGAUAUGGACAGUGGUUCUGAUGAUGAUACUGGUAUUGAAUUCCCACCUCCCAUGUCUUACAGUACCUCCACAGCCAGUAGGAAUCUACCUCCCAACUAUGUGGAACAUGACGAAAUGUACUCGCCAAUGCAGAGAUUGGAAGGUAUAUACUCCAGCAACAAUUAUAAAGCGAGCGGUUGGCAAAGCAAUAACGAUAGUACGGGGAGAGGAUUUGCCCCACCACGACACGCAUCAAGGUAUGAUCAAACCAAUAAUGUACCCCGAAAAACAGUUCCACCAUUUAAAAGAAAUUAUGGAUUUGUGCAUACGGAAGGUAGUGCACCUCUAGCCAAUUUAAGGAAUUCGGACAAAGGUAGCAAAGUUGAGAGGGAAGAAGGACCAGGAUCUUUAUUUAGUAAGGGAAUGAGAUACGAGGAUGCGAUUAUAGACACCCAGUCUGUGCCCAGGAACCGCAGAGAAUCUGGCGAUCAAAAUGUCAGUUUGACUGCAGCAGGAACAGUUUACUCUGAUAACAAUACAUUACAAAAUAGGGAUAGAGCCACUGCUGGUCAAAACACCUAUCUCCAGCAAUCCUGUUUGAUGCAGGUACAGAACAGAACCCAAUACAUUCCUUCAAAUAGCCAUCCAAGUGCUUCAGCUCCUGCAAGCAUGAUUAACCUCUUCUCCCAUGCUCCCAGCGGUCAAGGCGCCAAGCAGGCCCAGCACAUGCAGAAUUCGCAACCGUACUUCUAUAAUGAACAUGGAUCACAUGUUCCAACUUUGCAUGGUUGUAAUGCAAUACUCAAUGCUGCUUUAGAUGCGACGAACAGGCCUGUUACUGCAACACUGGCUUCUGUUGAUCCAGCUACAAGUGAUGGGGCAGAGUUCAGCCCUGACCAACCUAGUCCACCUCCUCCUCCAAAGCAGGCAGUUAAGGAAGAAGAAAGUUCUGAUGAACUGAUAAUGAAUAUCAACACCAGUGGCUCAUUCUUGAAUUUGCAUUUACCUCUGAAGUCCCCCGAGAAAACAUGGCCUGCCUUGAAGAGGGUAACUGUGGGUUCAAAUUAUCCAAGCACAGUAGCUCCUGCUCGACCGACAUUCUAUGAUUACGGGGGUGUGAAGAUGCAAAUAAGAUAUGCAGAAGAGGUGACUGCAAAUGUUAAAACUCAUCCCGGUCUUGGUGUUGUAACACAGACCUUGACGACAGGACAAACCGUUCACGAUACAAAGAAGUAUUUCGAGGAACGAAGGCGGGAUAGAGAAGUUGGUUCAAAAAGUAGCCUUUUCCAUGGGAGGACCCUUCUCAAAGGACAGGUGAGUGCAAGAAAGAUCCCAUUGGAGCCACUGUAUCUCCAGCAUCCAUACAAGAAGAGUGGGAAACUUGAGCUGAUACCGACGGACCCUCGACCUGCCUACUAUUCUAUGCUGAGACGAGAGAAGACCAAGGGACUAACCACAGAGCAUCAAGGGACUGAAGCCGCAGGAAUAGUCUCCCUGUUUGUACGACACUAGAUUUACACUUGUUACAGUUUUGUCACUUUACCCUGCAUUUAUAAAUACAUGUACAUUAAUACUUCAGUGCUCUUCAUUAUUUGUGCAUUUUGAUAAAUCUUAUUGUGUUCCAAUUUAAUAGGGGCAUUUAUGGGUGUAGUAAGAAGUCAUCCUAAAGUGCAAUGAUUAUUUUUCUUUAACUGUGUAUUCUGCCAGCUGCAAUAUAGUAUAGUUUCAAAAUGGCAAAGAUUGUGUAUAGGGGUGGCACUGGAUUGCAUCAGAAAAUGUACACAAUUAUUGACAAGUUUUUGUUGUGAUCCAAGUUGGUUGCAUGCUGCCAAAUUUUUGUGACCAAAUAAGGAUUUCAACUAUAAAAAAAACAUACAUGCCAAACAAAAUUGCCCUUGCCACCUGCUGUUUAUAGGCUUGGUUGCAUUUUGCGUAUUUAGAGAAAUAGUAUAGUAUUGUAUCAAUCUGACAAAUUUGCCAGCAGCUUAUUUAGUUUAGUUUUAUUUUGAAUAUCGAUAUACGAAAUUUGUUUGAAAUUACCUGAUUGAUUAAAUCAUCGAUCUGAAGGCAAUCAGGACAGUUGCUGUUAAAAAUCAUGUUUCAAGUUUUGUUGAUUUUAUAAAUAUAUAAGUAACAUCAAGAAUGUAUAAUGGCGGUCUUUAUUCAUACUUGGUAAAGGUAUAGAGUUCUAUAUUGAUUAGUAAUAAUAUCCUGUAAAGACAUGUCUCCACCUUAUCAAAGGUGACUUGAUACCCACCUAGGCCAAAAUUCUUUAAAAUAUUGUUACCAAAAUAGCAUUUCUGUCUCCCAAAUGAUUCUUGCCAAUGUUAAAAAGUUCUGCCAUUUAAUCAGUGACUGCCAUUUGUUGUACCAUUAUGUAGCCUACUGCCAAAUUCACUCAUUAUAAUUCACCUCGCCUCGCCAUGCCAUUCAUUCAUCAAAUUGUUGUGUAGCAUUUCUAGACAAUUCUAGUCUUCUAUUGAGAAAGUGAUACGUCCAAAUUACUGCCAUAUUGUCCUGUGAGUGCCACUAUCAUUCUGUCUCCCAGCUGGGACUUCAAACCAACUCAUUCUUUGCCAGUACAAUAAGGAGCAGUGUCAAAGCCUUGGGUGUCGAGAUGUGUUGCCUACUGCCAAAUUCAAUUCCUGCAUGGUCUUGAUAAUACUUUGUAGAGGAAGCAAUAAAGUAAAAAGUUCUACAAUAGUUUUCUGAGAAAUAGUGUACUGCCACAACAAUGGUCAUGUCUUCAGCAUCACCUCUGCCAAAUCCAGUUGAAUAUGUAAUCUGUGUAUAAGAUAGCACUUUAAAGAAAGAUGUAACAACUUGCAGCAUAUCCCUUCCCGUGACAGCCGGGAGAAACUUUUUUAAUGUAGAUUUUCGAAUGUAAGCUUCUUUUUCCUUUAUGAUGCAAGAUGACUGAUUUCAAGUUUACUUCUUUUGAAACAAUGUCAAGUUGCCAUUUCUUUCUGAGGGCUGAGAAAGGGAUGCAAAGCAUAACAUGUGCAUGUCGUAUCGCAUCAGAAAAUCUGAUUUUUUUUGUAAAGUGUACAGAAUAAAUUUUU